UCCGGAUCUACACAUUCCGGAACUUCUGUCUUUCUUUCACAUCGAAAACACCUUUCCUCUUCUCUCUUUCCGGAGGAUCUACCCAUGGUAUUCCCCCUUAGAUCAAACUGAUACUAGUUGAUUGGGGUUUUUACUAUCUGUCAGACCACUUUCCGGAGCUGAUCUACUGAUGUAAUUUUGUCAAAAUUUCCGGCAAGUCACUUAUCGGUAAGCCAUCUAAACAACUACUGUUUUUUCUAGGGUUUACAUUUUCAGUAAUUACAGUAAAAUUGAAACAUGGUGAACCUUGCCAAUUAUGAAAUUCUCUCUAGAAAGGAUACAGAAGAUCAUAUAUCAAACUGUUUGUCUAGACCAGCUGUACUGAAAUUUAGAGGUGGAUGGCAAGAAUUGAAAACAUUGCACAACAUAAUCAGCUCUUCGCAUGCCGAAGCGAAACAAUUUCUUGAUAAUUGCGUUUUCAGUAGACUAUUUCGUGUAGCUAUCAAGAAAAAUGACCAGCGUUUAGCUGAAUGUUUAGUAGAGAGGUGGUGGUAUAGCACUCAUACAUUUCAUUUUCCUAAUUUUGAAAUUGGUUUCACUCCGUGGGAUUUCACGAUGUUAACUGGAAUUCCGAUUGGUAUGGGUAAGCCGCCGCCGUUUAGUAAGAAUGUUGGGAAGGAGAAGUGGGAUUUCUUUAAAGAAUCGUGUAUAUCGAAUUUGUUUGAUGGGAAAGAUGGGUCGUACGGGAUAUUGAAGUCGAGGGGAUUAAGGUUGAGUUAUUUGAGGGCAUAUAUUGUUAGUAGAGAAGGUAAAGAUAACAUUGAGUGUUGGCAAGAUAUGCUACGGUGUUUUUUAUUAUGGUUGAUUGGACAAGUUUUGUAUGGAGAAUCGUCUGGAGUAGUUUACUGUGGAUGGUAUGAAGCUGUACAAGAUUUGGAUAAGUUUGAUAGUUAUGAUUGGGGAACGGCAAUCAUGGCGCGUCUCUAUAGAUCCUUAGAUGAAUGCAGUCGUGGUUCCAAGUCAUUUAGUGGCAUGUGGAUGAUCUUAGAGUAUUGGUUUUACUCCUACUUUCAAACAUGUUCACCUCAAAUUGAUGAAGAACAGAUACCUUCUGUGGAUGUAUGGCCUAGGAUUGAAUUGUAUAACAGAGUGAACCGAUCUGAUGCACAAUGUGAUAUUGGGAAACACUCAUUUCAAUUAGCUCGUCAACAAAUAGAUUUGAGAACUGCGGAAUCAACUAUUUGGAUGCCAUGGGCGAAUAGUAGUUUUAGGGAAGUGGAAUGCAUAGUCAUCAGUCGCCGGUUAUCACAGUGCAGGGUAUUUUUAUAUGAUCCCGAACUAGAUAAAGGUUGGUGGUACCUGGGUGAUAGAUGUUGGCGACAAGUGACUGGAAGCAUAGCCAUUCCUAAUAACCCACCACCUAUUACUGGUUUAGGAAAUUUAGACGGAGCAAUCAUUUUCGAUGUGAAAAAUUGGCAGAGUGCUAAAGAUUUUGUGGUUGAGUCUACUGAUGUUGAGUAUUUGACUUUCUGGAAACAUGUUUCAAUUGGUCCAUAUACCGUUGCGCUGAGGUUUGUUGAUAAUCGCGUCAAGGGAAGGCCUGCUGCAGCGCAAGAUCAAAAAUUCGAUGUUCUGUGCCCAGCGCCUAUAAAUCAGUGUCGACCCAUGUAUGACAUACCAAUGGAGCAACCAGUUUCAUCUCUUAUAUGUGAUAGGGGUAUGAUUAUUUCUAGCAGUACGGGUGAACCGAGCACCAUUCCUGUCACCUCAGCAUCACGUAGCAGUAUGGGUGAACCGAGCACUACACCCGUCACCUCAGCAUCACCUAGUAGUGUGGUUUGGGAUACUGAAAUUGACUCCGUGAAGACUUCAUCCGAACUAUUGGAGCUUUCUUCAUCUUCAACUUCUAAAUUCGCUUGGAAGAUUGAAAACUUUUCAGAUUUGAACGCCCAAGCAGGACUUCUCUCUGAUGUUUUCUCUGUUGGUAGUUUUAAAUGGAAAGCACUUAUUUAUCCAAAGGGGGCGGGUAAAGUAUAUGAUCACUUAUCGUUGUUCCUUUGCCCUGUCGACUUGACUACCUCACUCUGCGUCCAGUUCAGCUUUGCUGUUACAACUGAAAUUGAUUGCAGUGACAGAAUUAGACAUGAAACAAAAUACACAUUCCCAGAGAAACUUAGUAACUGCUUUGGUUGGCCGUCAUUCAUGCGCCUUAGUGAACUCCACGACCCUGCUAAAGGAUAUCUGGUGGAUGAUACUUGUAUCAUUACAGUUGAGGUUACUUGUAUGAUGAAAGAAGACUCAAAUGAGGAUUGUGAAGUGAAAGAGAGUGAUACAGACAAGGUACCAGACGCUAAGCGUUGCAAAGUCAAAGAUGAAGGGAAAUAGCAAUCAGGUAAGCUGUCAACCUUUCUUCAAUGCAAGAUGUCAUCAGAUUGAAGUACUCCAUAGCUUCCUCAACAACCUGGCCUGAGCACGACCAGAAAAGCCCCAAGAACUAAAAGAGAUUUUGGUCUAAUUGUGGACUUUCUCAUCUCUGUACAAAUCUCAAAGCAAUCAGAAUAUCUUCCAUGCACGGCAAGUAUCAGUAUGAUCACAUUGUGGCACACUAUUUUUCUCGAAUAUCCGGUCAAAAAGCUCCAAUUAAUCUCCAGAACAGCCACAUUUCACACGCAUUUUCGCAGGAGCUGUCCAAAGAACCAUGCCAGGAUCUGUUUUAGUGAUCAGUCCCUGAAUUUUCUCCUGUAAGUAUUAAUCACCAUCAUGUAACAUCACCUUGGUUUCCUACACAUUUAACAGGGAUCUUAGAUUCUGAAGACGAAAAGUAGUUGUUUGGAUGUAAAUUUAACAAUGGGUCUCCAUGAGUUUCUGCCUUCUACUGGGAGUACUGUUGGACUCAUAAACUGGUUCGUAAGCAGUCUCAGAAACAUUAAUUGAGAGGAGAAAACUACCAAGACAAAGAAUUCUGAGGACGUCUCAGAAACAUUAAUUGGGAGGAGAAAAAUGCCAAAACAAAGAACUCUGAGGACGUGAUAGUAUCUACUUUCUGAAGAAUGUCUGUUGUAAUCUCUCUGUAAUUCUAGUUGUUGAUAUGUUUUUUCUAUCUGGGUAACAAAAACUGAAGAUUUUCAAUUGCUUCAGUGUUAAUACAAGUUGAUGUUCCUCGGCCAUUUUGCUUGUUGCAAAAACAUAGAAUUUUU